AUGGCUACUCAGGAAGCAGGGAGUGCACACAAGCACGUCACUGGGUUGCAGCCUGAUCAAGAUGGCCUCCAAGAAGGCCGGAUAUCCACCGCCACGGAGUUCUCUCCGCUUAUUUCGACGGCUCCGGCGCUCACGGAAACACGCGUGUUGAACCCUGCGGUGGAACACCCGGAAAACUCCGACCCAAACCCGAAAAACUCCGCCGUCGACGAUGUUGCUGAGGUUGCCUCCAUCAACUCCAACCACUCAGACAAGGACUGGCUCAGCCACGUGAGCUCGUUGCUGGUGUGGGCGCUGCCGCUCAUCCGGUUGUGUGUUCUUUUGUUUCUUGCUGGCGUGGGAAUCACCGUAUCGCAGCCUUCCAUGGACGUUAUCUACUAUAAAUUGGCGUGCCAGAGUCUCAUGAAGAAUAGCCUUGCUCCACCGGCCGAAUUCCGCUGUGACCCUGUCCAGUCGCAGCAGAUCGUGUCCACGUACCUCAUGUGGGACAAUAUCAUCCAACUGGCGGUCUCGUUGGCUACUUGCACCAAGGUGAGUGCUCUUUCGGAUAUCCACGGUCGAAAGCCGUUCCUCACCGCCUUUAUUCUGUGCGUUUGCGUGACAUACUAUAUCGACUAUUUCCUUAUGCUGACGUCGCUGGGCUUCCCCAUGUGGGGUUUGUGGGCUGCUACGGCUAUAGGUUCAUGCACCGGAGGCCUGGCUGCCUUCAUGGCGCUUUUCAAGGCGUACAUCACCGAUAUCACCGUGGCGCUGGAGCGUGUCAACGGCAUCAGUUUCUGUCUUGUUUCUUUUACUGCAGGCCAGCUUGUGGGGCCGCUUUUGUCGUCAGUCUUGCUCUCCCACGCUAGAAGAAAUGAGAAGAUCCCCAAGAUUCCCCGUGUUUCCGAUCCCUCCAUUGCGUCCUCUUUUGCUGUGGAUCCCGCUAAUUUGGUGCCUCGUUCGGAGCUCGUUCCGCUCAAAGUGAGUCUUUUCAUUUUCACCUUGGCAGCCAUCUUCUGUUUUGUUCUUCUUCUCGAGCUGCGCUCUGAGAAGUCCAGAAUGAAGUCUAGAUCGGCUUCUGUCAUCCUGCUUCAGGCGCCAAGGCCCCAUCUCCCCACCUUGUCGUCCAGAAUCUGGCACGGCUUCACCAGCUUCGUUGAGCCUCUUCAGCUUCUUACCUUCCCCACCAAACUACGCACUGAAGAAAAUGCCCACAACUUCAAGAAAAUUCGUUUGUGUGUUUUUCUUCUUGCCAUAGCUGAGCUCUUCUUUGGCGUGACAGUGUUGCUGACCAUGAUCGUGGAGCCGCAGUACACCAUCUACAAGUACGAGUGGGAUUCAGUGACGAUUCUGAAUUUCCUGAUGGGCCGGUCGGUUGCCCAGAUCUUCGGGUUGGCGGUGUUCUUGCCCCUCCUUUACAAACACAUUUUCCCCAGAUUCAAGCAUCUUCGUCCCGUUGCAAACACCUUUGAUGCUGCUGAUUCCUGGGUCAUGGGAUGCGGAUUGUUCUUGUACGCUUUUGACCAUCUAGGCAAGGCGCUUGCACCUACAGGAACCGUCUUUGUUGGACUUGCCUUGGCUGGCUCUUUGGCUACUGUAGUGGGACCUGUGGCGGCAGCGGCUCCAGUGAAAUUUUUCCCAUCCUCCAAAGUUGGUGAGUUCUACGGUGCUCUUGCACUCGCUCAAGGAAUCAUCAGCCUUGUUGCUCCCAUGGUGGUGACAAGUUUGUAUACCUACGGUGUCAAGCAUGGUUUCCCAGGAUUGUCUUACAUUUACACUGCGGCGAUCUUGAUGACGUGCUGUGCCUGUGUUGUGACGGCCCGAAUGGCUGUGAGGGGGAAACGCUCUGUUUCGCCUUCAGUAUAG